CCACUGAGGCCCGUCUCCCACUGAGCCCGUCUCCCGCCAGCAGUCAUGAAGGUUCUCCUCCUGAAGGACCCCAAGGAGGACGAGUGUGGGCAGGACCCCUACAUCAGGGAGCUGGGACUGUGCGGACUGGACGCCACGCUGAUCCCCGUUUUGUCCUUCGAGUUCCUGUCUCUCGCCAGCUUCGCGGAGAAGCUGGCCCGUCCCGACAGCUACGGGGGCCUCAUCUUCACCAGCCCCAGAGCGGUGCAGGCGGCCGAGCUGUGUCUGGAGAAAAGCAGCCAAACUGAAGUCUGGAAGGAGACUCUGAAGGAGCAGUGGAACGCCAAGCCGGUGUACGUGGUCGGGGAAGCCACAGCGUCUCUCGUGCGCAGGCUCGGGCUGGACCCCGAAGGCGAGGGCAGCGGGAACGCGGAGCGGCUGGCCGAGCACAUCUGCUCCCGGUCGCCGCCCGCCCUGCCGCUGCUGUUCCCCUGUGGCAGCCUCAAAGGAGAAGCCCUGCCCCGUGCGCUCAGGGACCAAGGCGUCCCCCUGGAGAGCCUGACCGUCUACCAGAACGCCCCCCACCCGGGGAUCCGGGACAGCCUGCACAGCUACUACGCCCAGCAGGGCGUCCCCGCCAGCAUCACGUUUUUCAGCCCGUCCGGCCUGAGCUACAGUCUCAAGCACAUCCAGGAGCUGUCGGGCGACAGCAUCGGUGAGAUCAAGUUCGCGGCCAUCGGCCCCACCACCGCCCAUGCCCUGGCCGCGCGGGGCCUGCCCGUGAGCUGCACGGCCGCGAGCCCCACGCCACGGGCCCUGGCCGCCGGCAUCCGCGCGGCGCUGCAGUUGGGCCCCCGCUGAGCCAUGUGGACUCUGCACCCAGGAGCCCCUGGCGGGCAGGACAUGGCCCUGGCCUCCACGCCCAGCGCACAUGACGUCCUCCAUGGAGGCCAGUGAGGACCCUGGACGCUGGGGGCCCCGGCAGCAGGAGGGCCCAGAGACUCGCUGACGCCCUGACUGUCCAAGCUUGGGGAGGACAGUU